GCGCGACAGAUGCGCAGGGCUGCAUAACCCACACUGCGCCCGCCUCCGUCUACAAGUGAAGUCGCUCCGAGAUUGAUUGUGUACACCGGAUAAGAGGAGCCAGCGAAAAAGAUGUCGAAAGUGGACCAGGACCCGAACGCCUCGCUGAGCAUCAUGGAGCAAAUCAAGCAGCUCAUCCGCCCGCCGCCCAACGAGGACGAGAAGCUGGUGCAGCGGACCACCAACACGAAGCAUCCGUAUUACAGGCGCCCGGGCAGGGGCCACAACCACGACUACUGCGACGCCUGCGAGGAGGGCGGCAAUCUGUUGUGCUGCGAUCGAUGCCCCUCCAGCUUCCACCUGCAAUGCCAUGAUCCACCGUUGAGCGAGGAGGACAUACCCAGUGGCCAGUGGCUGUGCCACAGCUGCCGCAUGGCCAAAGUCUCACAGCCGCCGGCGUCCUCCUCCAAGGCCAGUUCCGUGGAGCGCGUACCCUCGGCGGGCAGUGGAUCUCGUGCGAAUACUCCUUCCUCUGGCGAUCUGGAGUCCAUACCGCUGAAGAUCCGCAAUUUGCGUAAACGCAGCAACAGCGAACGCAAUAGCACCGAGAAGCUGCUGGCCAAGAUGCCGCUGGCCAUACAGCGUGCCCUUGAUCCCAAUAAGAAACCGACGCCGCUGGACGAUGUCAUCCGGGCGGCCAGCAUGCUGAAUCCGCAGCAGUUCUCGCUGCCGCCGGAACUCGAGCUGCACACCCAGUUCCCGGGCAAUGGCAAGGUGCAGCCCGUGCAGCAGACGCAUCCGCCGAGCGGAAAUGGCGGGCACCGCAAGUGUGCCGGCAAUCAGCGUCGCAAUUCCAAGCCUUUCGAGCUGGACGCCCAGGGACUGGUGCCGCUGCCCGCCAAAACCUGUUUCUACUGCACACGCUCCUGCAAACGGGCGCCGCUCAUCUCCUGCGACUACUGUCCGCUCUACUACCACCAGGAUUGCCUGGAUCCCCCACUGACGGCACUGCCAGCUGGAUUGUGGAUGUGCCCCAACCAUGCCGAGAAUUUUAUCGAUGCCAAUAUGACCAACAGCAUUUCGGCCACUGAGCGGGUGCGCCUAUGGAAUCGCUUCCACCAGCCACUUGACCAUGAAAACGUCAAGCUUGAGUUCUUCCGGCGUGUCAACACACGCCAUCCGCCCUUCCGCACCAAGACAAAUGUGCGUGCCCGUGCCCACAUCGAGGUGCCAGCCAUUGUGCGCUACCACUACGAGCAUCCACCGGCGCUGCUGCCCUCCAUGCGCCAAACGUUGCGCUACGAUCGGGUCAAGCGGCGCAAGAACCUGCCCACCGAAGUCGAGGAGAUAUCACGAGAGUCUGUCACCGAAUCGCUGCUGAAAGAUCUGGAGGCCUUGCGUUCGGCUCGCGCCAAGUUCCGUGAGAUUCAGCGGGAAUACGGCACCGUGGAGACGGCAGUGGAUGGCGACAGCGACAGCGAUCCCAGUCCUGAAGAGCAGGAGCCAGAGACGAACUCUCCCGCCGAUAAAGUUAAUGGCGAAGUGGAAUCGGAGAAUCCCAAUACAGAAGCGGAUGUACAGGCCAACGAUCAGCCGUCGGUUGUCAAGGUGGAGUCCAAGGCCAGUCUAGAGCUGGAGGCUAGCUUCGAGGAGGACGAGGAGGACAGCAAGGCUGGCAUUAUCGAUGCGGACCUCUUCCACCUGGACGUCGAUAUUAUCAAGAAGCUGGCGCACCAGCGACUGCAGCAGCUGGUCGAAGAGCAUCCGGAGAUUGUGACGCAGUACAAGAAUCGCACGGCCGCCCGCCGCCUGCGUCAACUGGCAGCUGCCGAUGGAUCACAUGUAGCCGGUGAAACGGCUGCGCUACAAGGCCAACUAGCACCAGAAGAUAUGAACCGCUUCUCGCUGCUCUUUACCAGCGAAACGUCAUCCAUUCUGGCGCAAAAGAACGGCAAUGCCGCCGACGAAGAUCCCGCAAUGGCCCUGCAUCCAGCACUGGCCACCGCGGCGGCCAUUGCAGCAGCGGAUGCCGCCGCCGAGAACUAUGUGCCGCGUGCCCGUAGCGACACGGAGAAGGCCUACGAGCUGGCCUCGCGCCUGGAGCUCAAGCUGCUGCAGUGCAAGGUGCAGGCGCGCGCGGUGAUAACCCCGUUGGGCGACAUGCUAGAGGACAGCCGCUGGUUCAGUUCACUGGGACUGGACCAUUCGAUUUUCAUGCGUUACCGCACGCUGUACAUUGGCUACGGUGGACACUACUCGCCGACGACGACGCUGGCGCAAACGGAAACCGUGGACCUGUCGGCGAUUGGUUACUGCUGCCGCAUUUCGCCGCAGCACGCCAUCAUCUUCUACGACGAGUUCUCCAAAUCGUACGAGCUGAUCAACUACUCAGAGUUUGGCACCGAAGUCAAUGGACAGCUGUACGCCUGCGACCUGACCGACAGGAUGCCCACGCAUGCCGGCAAGCGGAUGCGACCCGACGAUGCCGAGCUGAAGAGACGCGUCGACGAUCUCCUGGACAAGCGGCGGCAAAUUCACCGCCAGUUCGAAACAAAGAAGAUCGGCAAAGAGCGAUUGGCGCCCAUUGUCAAGCCCGCCUGCCGGUGCAUCAACGCCGGACCCGUGCCCAUGGUGGCCGGCGCCUGGGAAGGAUCGGCGGUGCUGGCACACGGCAGCCUGCUGCGCUUCGGCUGCCUGUCGUUUGUCUUCUCGGUGCCGUCGGUGGAUCUGCUGGCGCAGGCGCGCACCAAGCGAUCGUAGGACCAGAGUCCAUCAGCAGCAGCUGCAGCAACUACAGCUCUUAGCAGAAAGACACAGAAGCAGACACGCGCUCAACCGCAGCCAACUCCAGUGGAGCAGCACCAAUCUCAGUGGGGCAGCUAGCAGCCAGGCAUAGGGUUAGGGCUAGCAGAUACCAGUUCAAUUUCAUUGCAAUCAUUAUCACAAUGUAAUGCCUCGGCUACACUUUUAAAUCACACACAAUCCUCCCAUCCCAUCCUAGCGUUAAGGGGAUAUUUGCCUUAUGACCAGUGCAAUAAAUACGGAGUUGAGCCCAAAAGUGCACGCAACAUUUGGGCCAAACUCCUUAUUUAUUGAAUUAACCAUAAUGUUCAUGAACCGUGAAUAAACCCAAUACAUUGUACUUUUACUGUAAAAACCAAUUGUAUAAAUUGCUAAACUGAAAUAAACUUGUAAGCAUUACAA